CAAAAAAUCACGCCCACACCAUUUCUUACAAUCAAUCUAGCGCCGCUGCAAAUACUCAUAAUCUACUGCUUCACGCUGCAGCUGCUAAGCCCCUCAAGAAUUGGUGAUGACACGCACACGGACCAUUUAAGCUUUGCAAACCCUUUCAUUGGCUACUGUUUCAUCAAGUGCACCUCACCGCCAGAUUUAAGCAGCCGACGCACAUCUCUUAUAAAUUCCCCAAAGUCUACAUUCCACCUGCUCCGGCAUUGCUGUGUUCAUUCAAAAUCCACCAGCCAUGACUGACACACCCCAGACGACUGCGGGCGCCAACCCGCACGAGGCAAAGGUGCUCGAGCGACAUUUGGACCCCAGCUACGACUUUUCGGAAUUCGACCCAGCAACACCAGCACAGGAGGAGGGCCAAGGAAGCUCUUCCAACUCUACCGACCGUCAGAUGCCAGAAUCCUCGUUGCGCCUACAAGGUGGCGAUAUCCACCGUGAUCUGUACAAGAUUGCGGCGCAGAACAGACGCGAAAAGUUGCAUAAACGAGCAGCAACCUUUUCAGAGCCUAUUUACUUUGGCGAUCAACGCCGCCCCUCUAACUCUACCGUUGAUCACGAUGAGCUUCCAGUCCGGGAUCAGCUCUUGCCAGGUGGACUAAGACGACAGUAUCUGCAACGGCAAAGCAAGCGUGUCAGCUACAUUUCGGAACCUGUUACGCGAAACUUCAUUUCCUUCCUCGCUCUCUAUGGCCAAUUCGCUGGUGAAGAUCUUGAAGAGUCAGACGACGAUUCUGCGCUAACGGACGAGGAGGAGGCCCAAGGUGAACGUAGACCGUUGUUGGGACGUCGCCAGAGCUCGAGGAAGCUGAGAGCCCAAGGUGAUGCCAACCAAACAAAGACCUUUUUCACCCUCCUCAAGGCCUUCAUCGGUACCGGAAUCAUGUUUCUGCCCAAGGCUUUUAAGAACGGUGGAAUGCUGUUUUCAAGCAUUACCAUGAUCAUGGUAUCUGCCAUCACAGCUCUAUGUUUUGAACUGCUGCUGGCAACGAGGAAGCGUUAUGGGGGUGGUGGUUAUGGUGACCUGGGUAGCAUUGUUGUUGGCCCAAGGUUUCGCGCCCUUAUUCUGGUCUCCAUCACCCUCUCCCAAAUCGGCUUUGUCUGCGCUGGUCUCAUCUUUACCGCAGACAAUCUAGCGUCCUUUCUCGACGCCGUCACUCGUGACAAAGCACCCUUAUCUACGAACCAACUUAUCCUCAUCCAGGUUGCCGUUUUGAUCCCUAUGUCAUUCAUUCGGAACAUAUCCAAACUGGGUCCUGCGGCACUGCUUGCCGACGUUUUCAUUCUUAUCGGCCUGACCUAUAUUUACUGGUACGACAUCUCAUGGAUCUCCAAGAUGGGCGGCUUCCAUCCUUCUAUUGAGCUUUUCAACCCACGCGACUUUACCUUGACCAUUGGCUCGGCAAUCUUUACCUUUGAGGGCAUCGGUCUUAUUCUUCCCAUCCAAUCGAGCAUGAAAGAGCCCGAGCACUUCAGCAAGCUACUAUACAUUGUCAUGAUUAUUAUCACAGUCAUCUUUACCUCGGUAGGCGUGCUUUGCUACGGUACUUUUGGUGAACACGUCUCUGUCGAGGUCAUCACCAACUUCCCGCAGAGUAGCAAACUUGUCAACGCUGUCCAGUUUCUCUACUCCAUGGCCGUUCUUGUUGGCACUCCUGUCCAACUCUUCCCUGCCAUGCGUAACAUUGAGCUCAAGAUUUUCGGUCGCGCAUCCGGCAAGCAGAGCACCAUGACCAAGUGGAAGAAGAACGCUUUCAGAACCGUGCUUGUCAUUGUUUGCGGUCUCAUUUCUAUUCUAGGAGCUAGCGAUCUCGACAAGUUUGUUGCUCUUAUUGGCAGCUUCGCCUGCGUGCCAUUGGUGUACAUUUAUCCCGCCUACCUACACUACAAGGGUGUGGCAAACCGCCCUUGGGAGAAGUUUGGCGACAUUACCAUGAUGAUUGUUGGGCUUGUUGCCAUGGUGUACACUACCAGUAUUACGAUUGCGAGAUGGUCUGAGACUUGAGGGUAGAAGACGAAGGUGAAGAAAAAGGCGUAGAGAGAAGACGAAGCUGAAGAGGAAUCAAAACACACGAUCGAUUUUAGACGAUAUAUCACUGUUGCAUAGUACGUUUAUCACACAAUUGGCGUUCUUUUUCUUGGUUUUGGCUCGGAAAAUGGAGAGGAAUUGUUGCAUGCGGUUUGCGAUUUUGAGCGUGCAUUUACAUUUCGUUUUGUCAUAAAGUACAUACAGUAAUGUCAUGAAGAGAGAAAAAAAACAAAGGAAAGAAUGACAGCUUGUAGUUCAGGAUCUUAUUCGAAGUGCGAACACAAGACCACGUAAACGUACAGUUAUGAGGAUAUGAAUGGAAAAAAAUGAAUACUACGCACAUCCAUCCUCC